AUGUGGCUGAAAGGUGAGAAGACACUGGAGUCCUGGCAGCAGUAUCAGAGCUGGGGUGGCUCAGUUACACAUGCCAGCUGCCACUUAACACUGCAGUCAAUAUGCACAUACAUGUGUGGACCAGCUUAUAUAGAUAUGUUUAUGCCAGGCUGGUAGAGUCACCCAUCUGGUCUAGAAAGGGUGGGAAACCUCAACCCUCAAAGCCAAUUGCCAUCCUCCAAGCCUCUGUCUCUGGCAUUUGGGACUUUCCUUGCAAAACAAACCCAAGGCCACACCCCUCACACACACACCCUGCUUUGCACCCCCCCUUGGGUCUUAGCUGGGCUGUGUCCUUCAACUCUGGCAAUGCCUCUUACAUGUCUGGAUGGAGGAUAUGGGAGUGUGUGUCGUCUACUGUAUAAAGAUGAAAAUUGCAUUUGUGGCACUGCCCACCUUUUCUUCUGUCCCCACCCACCAGUGGCAUGUGGCCCUCUGAAGGUUGCCUAGAACGGAACAUGGCCCUUCAGCCAAAUCAGUUUCCCGUCCCCUUGAAGUAUGGCCACUCGGUGGCCUUAGCCAUCUCUUCCAGGCAAGCAAGCAGGGCAAUUUGACAGACGUUUCCUGUCUCCCAUUUUUAGGCGCAGGUGAGCAGCACGGUUUUAUGUACCACCGGCCAGGCAAAUCUGAAGGCGGAACAUAGUGGGACUAUUUGCGUGGCUUUCCUCUCCUCCAGCCAGCUCCGUCGCAGGCUCAGGAAACUCAAAUGCACUUGUUUAACUGUUGGGAAGGGGAAAUUAUGUCCCGUAGUCAGUUUCUCUCUCUCUCUCUCCAAUUUAUCUGCGGAGCUGUGAGCCAUAUUUAGCUGGGCUUGCGCGAACCUGCUGCUUCCAAGCUACAAGCAGAGAGAAUUAAUUGGGACAAACGGUGCGCUGGAAUCCCAGCAACAAGGACCAUUUCUUAUCACUCUGCAACUGACUCCUCUUCCCCCGCCUCCCUUCUGCUCUCAUUGCAGGCCUCUGGGCUCAGAUGGUGCUUGUCAACGACACGGUCUCCGGGUACAUUGGGACUGACGUGAACCUGCACUGCACCUUGACCAACCCCAGCCUCGGCAUGAAGAUCACCCAGGUCACCUGGCAGAAGGUCACCAAUGGCUCCAAGCAGAACGUGGCCAUCUCCAACCCCGUCAUGGGCAUUUCCAUCCUGCCCCCGUACAAUGACCGGAUGGUCUUUCGAAACUCCUCCACCAGGGAUGGGACCAUCCAGCUGUCACGCCUCAAGCUGGAGGAUGAAGGCGUUUACAUCUGCGAGUUUGCAACAUUUCCCGAUGGCAAUCGGGAGAAUCAGCUCAACCUCACUGUGUUGGGUAAGUCGGCUUUGCUGCCUUCCAAACAACUAGUGGUCCUUCUGCCCUGCUGUCUGAGCAAACAGCAUCUCAGGUUUUACAUACUGGUCCCGUAACACUAAUGGCUUGAGUAGGAGCAGAGGUUUGGGAGCCAGGCUCCCUAGUGAGCUUGAGAGGGAAAGCCUAGUCUAUUUCUCCCACCUCUCCUCUCCUUCCCUUCAUGGGGUGGUGGGGUUACGGUCGUCAUCCGGCCGCCAUUGCUGAGUGACAGCAGAGGAAGCAGCGGCAAGGACUACCCUUGAUCACCUGGGUGCAGAACUUCCAUACCCCACUCUCUGCAGAAUCCCAGCCCAAGUCCUUAGGAAAUGCUUGUUCUCUUCCCUAGUCUGCUAAGGUAAAAUGAGAAGGCAAAUUUUACAACAUUUGCCCUCACCUUAUUUUUGGAGAGAACUUGGAGGUCCUUCAAAAUGGAGCAGAACCAUUCUCCAAUUCGGAGUAAGGGCAAGAGCUAUUUAUCUCUCCCUCUGAUGUGGCUUCAUAUUGUCAUCCCAUAGCCACAUCUGAUUGGUUAGGUAGUGCCGUGAUUUUACCGCACUGCCUAUAUCAUCCCUUAUUGGUUGAAUUGUGUAUUUAGCAAGAAGAAAACUCCUUUUGGAUAGAGAUAGAUAGAUAGAUGAUAUAUAUAUAGAUAGAUGAUAGAUAGAUAGACAGAUGAUAGACAAAAAGUUCUACUGAAACAGCACCUGUAGAAUAUAGGGAAUUGUCAGGGAACUGCCAUCGGACGGAAGGGAGGUGAAAGGGCUCACACAGGUUGGGAGAGACGCAGCAGCUGAAGAGGAAACCAACAGGGAGGUGAAAGGGCUCACACAGGUUGGGAGAGACGCAGCAGCUGAUGAGGGAACCAGCAGGGGGAGAGGAGCUGAGCUGGAGGGAUGGCUCAGAGACACUUCCAGCGAAAACAGUGGAGAGGUUUCAGGACCUCCUGUAAGAACACCCACUCCUCGCCGGAAACUGUCACGCAGAGAUUCCAGAAGACGUGUUUCCGUUAAGGAGCUUUUAUGUUGGAAGCGAUUACGAAAGCAACCACUGUCGGAAACUGCUAGUGACUAGAGUAGCCAUGUCUGAGGGGCUCUGUCACAGACAGAGGUUUGUGGACUUGAACAAACUCUGAGGGGAUACGAUUUUACGCACAAGCAGCUCAUCAUCCCAUCACAGCAUUCCGACAGUCUUUGAAAGCAGCUUGUGCAGGAGAAGGUAUCAUGAGCAACCCAGCCGGAACCGGAGAAGCAGGAGCUGGAGCGGGUCCAAGCCUGGAAGAAAGGUACCAGAUGUUGGAGGUCCAGCUAGCGAUGCAGACGGCGAGGCUUGAGGAGAGGAGGGCUCAGGAUGCAGACAAAAGGGGAAAAGCCACCCAGUUCGCCAGAAAGGUACCAGGAUUGGUGCAGAAGUUUGGGGGAGCCCAAAACUAUCAUGGUUUUCGGACAGAAAUGCAAUAUGCCCUCAAUCUGCAGUUUGAUGAAUUCCCUGACGAGGAAUCACGAGUGGCUUUCGUGAUUGAGCAUCUUGAAAAGGGGCGAGAGACUGGGUUAGACCCCUGAUGGCAGCGAAUAGUGACGUCUUAAAAGACACGAUGAAGUUCUUUCGCGCCAUGGAUCUGAUGUUUUCCAGCGAUAUUGAAAAGGGAGUGGUGCGCAGACAGUUAAUGGGUUGCAAACAGGGGAGCCGAUCUGUCCGUGAGUACUGGACUGAGUUCACCAUGCUUGUUCACAGAUUGGGGUGGGACUUAUCGGCGGAACCCAUUCAAAUGCUCUUUGAAGAAGGGCUUUCUUCGGCUGUGAAAGACGAACUUUCCGGGCGCCCAGGGCGGAGUCUAUGGACCAGCUGACCAAAUCAGCGCUGGCCAUAGGAGCGCGCCAGGAGGCGAGAGCAUUGGAGAGGCGGGAAGGGAAAGGGAACGUUGGAAGGAGUUCCGCAUUCCAGACAUUCCAGAGCCAACUUUCCCACCGGCAGAGCCGAUGGAAAUCGGAACAGCGCGCGCGCACGCAGUUUCAAAGCCCAGUGAGGGGGCAAAGAAGGAGGGAAAAGGCGCCCGGAAAUGCUAUCUCUGCCAACAGCCAGGUCACUUUGCCAGAGUCUGCCCUCAGAGGAAAGAAUGGCAAGGGAUGGUAGGGGCUGUGGAGGGCAGAGAGGAAAAUAUACCGGCGCACGUAACAGCCAACGCCUGGCUGCCACUGUCAGAGCACAGCAGCCAGGCCAAAGAGCAGUGAGAGUGCCCACGCCAGAACCUCCUAAACCCGCCCUAGUGAUAGAAGUGACGCUAGAGCUGCCAAACGGACACCCUCUAAAGAUAAAGGCGCUGUUGGACUCAGGCAGCUCCUGCAAUUUCAUGAGCAAAGAGUUUGCAGCUGAACACCAGAUACAGACAAUCCCUUUAAGCAGCCCCUGCAGGUGACCACGAUCGAUGGCAGGGAGCUGUUGGGUGGAGAAGUCAGCUUGCAGACCGUCCCAAUGAUAAUGAAGGUAGCAAGGCACACCGAACUGAUAGCUUUUAAUGUGGCCACCUUGGGAGGAGCUCCCAUUAUAUUGGGGAUGAGCUGGCUAGCGUUACAUGAUCCGCUGGUGGGCUGGCAUCAGAGAGUGGUUUCUUUUGGUUCAGCACAUUGCUUAGAACACUGCAAAGAGGGAAAGGGUUUGGCAGGGGUCCAAGCCACCCUAGCAGGGACUGAAGUAACAGAGAACGUGAAGGUACCACGACAAUAUGCAGAUCUCCGUGACGUCUUCAGCGAAAGGGAAGCUGACCAACUACCCCCGCAUAGACCCUUUGACUGUCAAAUCAACUUACUCCCUGGAGCACAGCUCCCUGUAGGCAAGCUGUACGCCAUGUCAGACAGAGAGAUGCAGGAGUUAAGAGAGUUCAUUGACAAGAACCUGAAGAGAGGGUUCAUCAGAGAGUCCGGGGCGGUGGGGGGCAGCCCAGUGUUUUUGUGGAUAAGAAAAACACGAACAAGCCGAGGCUGGUGUGUGACUUCAGGGCCUUAAAUGCAGUGUCAGAACCAGUAGCCUUCCCUAUGCCCAGGAUUGACGACAUUUUGACAAGGGUGCGGAAGGGAAAGAUUUUCACAAAGCUGGACCUAAGGGGGGCGUACAACCUGGUACGAAUAAGGAAGGGGAUGACUGGAAAACCACCAUGUUCACCCCUUUAGGGGCAUUUGAAUAUUUGGUUAUGCCCUUCGGCCUACAAGCAGGCUCCGCAACAUUUCAAUCGUUUAUGAACCACGUCCUGGGGCCUUUGCUUUACAAGAAUUGUGUGGCCUUGUGAGACGACGUGUUGGUGUAUUCUGAGAAUGAGGAGCAGCAUGUGAGAGACGUCAGAGAAGUGUUGAGCAGGCUGCAAGCCAACCAGCUGUGGGUGAAACUGGAGAAGUGUCAGUUUCAUACCAAGGAGGUGGAAUUCCUGGGGUAUCGCCUGUCAGACAAGGGAUUGGCCAUGGAUCCCGGCAAGGUCCAGGCUGUGCUGGAAUGGAAAGCACCCAAAACAAAGAAGGAUGUGCAGAGGUUCCUAGGAUUUGGGAACUUCUAUCGUAAGUUCAUCCGAAACUUUGCCCACCUGACGGCGCCCAUUACGGACUGUCUCAGCAGUAAGAAGAAGUUCGUGUGGACUGAGGAGGCGGAGCGAGCAUUUGAGGAACUAAAAAGGGCCUUCGCCUCGGAACAACAACUCCCUUGUGGAUUUACAAAAACCGAUGAGAGUGGAAACUGACGCAUCAGACAGAGCGAUUGGGGCGGUGCUUCUGCAGCCAGGCAAGAAGGGGUCAGAGUGGAGACCGUGUGCCUUUUUUCGCAAAGCUGAACAAAUCCGAGAGGAACUACACGGUGUAUGACCGAGAACUACUAGCCAUUCAUGAGGCGUUCCGGAGAUGGAGGCACCUGCUAAUUGGCGCACAACAUAAGGUGCAAGUGUGCACUGACCACAAGAACCUAGAGUAUUGGAGGACGGCACGAGUGCUCAACCAACGGCAAGUGAGAUGGGCCCAGGAGUUCUCCAAAUUUAACUUUGAGAUUAGUUACGUGCCAGGCCCAGAGAACAUUAGGGCAGACGCUCUCUCACGCAAACCUGAAUAUUUGGAGGGAGGGGCACCCGAAGAGAGACAUGUCAUUCCAGAAGACCGCUGGGUGUGUGGGGCGGCAUUGGUGGGACAAAGAGAACUGGUAGAGGAAACAGAGAAUGAUGAAUACGCCCAGAAUAAGCUCAGAGGUCUUAGGGGUGAUGGAGAGGAACCAGGGGUUUCGAGGAAAGAAAUGGAGCUUUGUAUUACAAAGGGGCACUGUAUAUCCCUGAAGGAGAGUUAAGGGGAGGGUACUCAAGCAGUUGCACGACAGCCCUACGGCGGGGCAUUUUGGACAACACAAAACCAUGUGGUUGGUCACCAGGGAAUUUUGGUGGCCUAAGGUGAGGGAAGAUGUACGUGAGUAUGUAAGAGGGUGCGAGCAAUGCCAGCGAGCCAAAGGGGAAAGGCGGGCGCCGGCGGGGCUGUUAGAACCCUUACCAACCCCAGAACGACCUUGGGAGGCAGUGUCGAUAGAUUUUAUGACUGAUCUGCCGAAGUCCAAAGGGAAAACAGCCAUCAUGGUGGUGGUAGACCUACUAACAAAGAUGUGCCACUUUGUAGCUUGCUCGCAUGCAGUCACGGCGGAAGAGACAGCGAAGUUAUUUGUAGAAAACAUUUUUAGGUUGCACGGGGUGCCAUUGAGGGUGGUCUCAGACCGAGGAAAACAAUUUACUUCCAGGUUCUGGAGGAAGCUCAUGAGCUUACUGCAGGUGGAGGUCAAUUUUUCGACUGCCCGGCACCCUGAAACCAACGGGCAGGCGGAAAGAGCAAACGGUGUCCUCCAGCAAUACCUGAGGUGUUAUGUCAAUGACAGAGAGAAUGACUGGGUAGAAAAGUUGGCGCUGGCGGAAUUUGCCUACAACAAUGCCGAGAAUGUGUCCACAGGGAUGAGCCCCUCUUGGCUAAUUAUGGGUGUCAUCCCAGGGCUUUCCCAGGGGAGGGGGAGAGAUGGAGCGUCCCGGCAGCCGACAUUUUGUGGAAGAAAUGGAAGCAAUCCAUCGUCAGCUCCAACUCAACUUAGAAAGGGCGAAGGAAGAAUACAAGAGGCAGGCAGACAAGAACCGAAGGGAAGGUGAAACCAUAAGGGUGGGAGAUAGGGUGUGGCUGUCAACCCAAGGGUUGCCGUUCAAAGGAGGUUGUAAGAAAUUAAGACCCAGGAGGUUGGGUCCCUUUGAGGUCAUUCAACAGGUCAACCCAGUGGCUUUCAGGCUCCGGUUACCCAACCACAUGAAACUGCACCCAGUAUUUCACAGGUCGUUACUGUCACCGUACGAAGGGGGACGAGAAGGGCUGGCCACUCGGGGACCGGUCGUAGAAGAAAGAGAAUGCAGCAGCCAUGUGGCAGAAAUCCUCGACGCCAGGUGGAAGGGGGAUCAGGUGGAGUAUUUGGUAGCGUGGGAAGGAGAACCGGAGUCAGAAAACACUUGGGUAAUGGCUGAAGAUAUCAAUGACGAGGUAUUGAUAGAAACGUUCCAUCAAAGGUUCCCAAGGAAACCUCAGCCUGUGGAGAGGUUCCGGAGGGAAUACUUUGGGACCACUGAUGAAGGGGAGGAGUUGGAAGGAUUCCCGGACUCGGAAGGGGAGGGGAGAUGGACUCUGAGGAGGAGGUGUACUUCGAGACCAGGAACCGCAACAGGUUGAGAGAAGUGUUCGAGACAUCGGAAGAUGAAGGAAGUUCAUUCCGGGUUUUGCCUCCUCACCGCCCGUAGAGGAGGGGGCGAGAGGGGGUGAAGGGGGCCCUGGAGGGGAGGUGGAUGUCAGGGAACUGCCAUCGGACGGAAGGGAGGUGAAAGGGCUCACACAGGUUGGGAGAGACGCAGCAGCUGAAGAGGAAACCAACAGGGAGGUGAAAGGGCUCACACAGGUUGGGAGAGACGCAGCAGCUGAUGAGGGAACCAGAAGGGGAGAGGAGCUGAGCUGGAGGGAUGGCUCAGAGACACUUCCAGCGAAAACAGUGGAGAGGUUUCAGGACCUCCUGUAAGAACACCCACUCCUCGCCGGAAACUGUCACGCAGAGAUUCCAGAAGACGUGUUUCCGUUAAGGAGCUUUUAUGUUGGAAGCGAUUACGAAAGCAACCACUGUCGGAAACUGCUAGUGACUAGAGUAGCCAUGUCUGAGGGGCUCCGUCACAGACAGAGGUUUGUGGACUUGAACAAACUCUGAGGGGAUACGAUUUUACGCACAAGCAGCUCAUCAUCCCAUCACAGGAAUAAAUUGAGAAAUUAUAUGAAAAAGGCUAGUUUUGCAGGACCUAGUUUGGGGACCUUUGAAAAUGUUGCUUUUUUGCAUGAAAACUGUUGAUCUUCAAAACUUUGGCUCAGCCUUUAUCAUAGAAGAUUCUGAGUAUCAUAUUCUGCAUUUACCCAGAGUCCUGCUUUGUUCUCAGUUUAAAGCAAAAGUGAAGACUCUUUGGUCCUCCAGUUAGACUACACCUCCCAUCAUCCCUGACCAUUGUCAUGUGGGCUUGGUGCUGAUAGGAGCUGAAGUACAAAAUCACCUGGGGCGGGGCACAGGUUGCUCAUUCCUGUGCUGAUGAGUUAAUUUUUCCUCAUCCGCACCAGCAAGCCUAUGCUCAGAAGCUAAGGCAUGCUCUCCCUCUUGCAUUUCCCCGAGGACCCAUUCCAUUGGGACAGUCCCAUGCAUCAGCUUGAAAUGAAAUCUCCUAACCUUGUACCCACAGCAGCGAGUGAUACAUGGCAAGCCCCCCUGCAGCUUCCUUGAACAUUUCUCUCUCCCUCUGUUGCAAACUGCCUUCAGUCCCCUUCCACUGGAACAGCAUCCUUGAAGCAGCAAGAACAAACUAUUAGAUUCUGGACUGAUGCAGGGCAUGGGGGGGGGGAGUGGUUCUGUGCCCAGAUACCAAAUGUCCUGUGGGAUUCCAUUCUGUGUUCUCCUUCCUGGUGAUGAUUGCCUGUGUGAUGAUAAUGACGAUGCCAUCAGUGUGUAAAGGAUGCAUUUUAGAGUUGCAUCCUUGGCGUAGACAGGUUGCUGUCUCGCUUAUUCCACUGUAUUAUCUUGGAUAAGGAUUGGUUGUAGUGACCUGUUUCCCAAGGGUGUGGCAAAGCUUUGAAAAUGAUGCUCCUUUGGGAGCCUUUCCCUUUGAUGUCCCAAAAUGGAUUUCAGAAGGAAGUUGGGAAGCAUCGGCUUCGGCUUCCUUUGUGUCUGAGGUUUUUUUGGAGAGGAUGUGGCUCGGGAUUCAAGCCUUGCCACUGAGUCUUUCUCUCUCCCCUCCUGCUUCUGUGCAUUUCAUUCAGAGCAAGAAGUUUCCAUUAUCAAAGCUCCAAACGUCUUAUGCAGGCAUAGGCAAACUCUGGCCCUCCAGAUGUUUGGGACUACAAUUCCCAUCAUCCCUGACCACUGGUCCUGUUAGCUAGGGAUUAUGGGAAUUGCAGUCCCAAACUUCUGGAGGGCUGGAGUUUGACUAUGCCUGGUCUUAUGCAUGGCUGAAGGUGCAAUGGGUAGUUGUCAUAUUACCAAUUUACUGAUUAAAGGAGAUAAGAUAUCUUUAUUCUUCGCAUUCAUCCGUAUCAUUCUCUUGGCCACCAUUAGAAUCCAUUUUUGUUAUCCUGUUGUUAACUUCCAUACAAUAGGCAUAUAGUUCAGAAGAAUAUUCUCCGCUGAAAGUUUUAGCAUUUUCAGUACAGCCAUACUUAUACAGUCCAGCACGAAGCUUAGGAAGGCAUAGACUUUGUUUGGCUAAAUAUGAUAACAUUUAGGAUGAGUUUCUACAGAAUGUAGUAGGCUAUUAAUAUCUACAUAUGUAUUAGGAUAAUAACAUCAAAAAUAUUCAUGUAAUAAUGUAUGGGAGUAUACAGUCAAACCUCCGCUCCCAAACGCCUCCAUUUUGGAAUGUUUCCAGCACACUGGAGAUCUUUCAUUAAAAUAUUUUCACAUUGCUGCAUUUGUGUUCAAACCUAUAAGGGACUAGAAACUUGCUUUUUUUUUUUUUUAGUGAAGCAACAGGUGAGACAAUAAAAGUUGGCAAAAUUGUGCAUGGCAUGGGGAAAGUGGACAAAUAAAGAUUUUUCUCCCUGUCUCUUAACUCUAGAAUUCAUGGGACAUCCCAUAAAACUGAGCAUUGGAAGAUUCAGGGCAGAUAAAAGAAAGGAUGUUUUUGUGCAGGACAUGGUUAAACUAUGGAACUCACUCCCAUAGUAGGAAUGGCCAUCAGCUGGCUACAAGCCACGAUGGAUAUACUCUGCAGUAACACUUCUGAAUAGCAGUUGGUGGAAACUGCAGGAAGUCAGAGGGCUCUUAUGUUUGGGUUCUGCAUGAGAGUUUCCUGCAGGCCACUGUGAAAUCAGGAUGCCAAACUAGACAGCCCAUUGGCCUGAUCCAGCAGUCUCUUCUUACAUUCUUGCGAAAGAUGGAAUUCUGAUAAAUAUUGACACUGCAAUAGAGCACAACGCUUGUGUUCAGUGUCCACAGAAUGGUGUUUGGUGUUUGUGUUUUGCAGAAGGCCAGGGAAGCUAGUGUAUUCUGAUGAAUCAGCGAAGCCACUUUGAUUUCAAACCCCUUGCACGUCUCAGCAGGAGAUUAACCCCAAGGGCUGACCAAACAGCUCACAGCACGCGCUAGUAACCUCAAAGACUCUCCCCUCUUGUCUAACCUUCUCGCCUCCUGCCUUCUCCUCAGCCAAACCGACAAACCGGAUGCAGGCCACCACGAGCUUGCUCAUUGCCAAGGCCGGCAUGACGGAGAAGAUUGUGGUCGCCACCUGCACCUCCUCCAACGGGAAGCCCCCCAGCACCGUGUCCUGGGAAACCAAGCUGAAAGGGGUGGCGGAAUACCAAGAGAUCCGCAACCCCAACGGCACCUUCACCGUGGUCAGCCAGUACCGCCUCUUGCCCAGCCGGGAGGCCCAUCGGCAGCAACUGACAUGCGUGGUCAACUACCAGCUGGAUCGCUUCACUGACAGCAUGACCCUCAACGUGCUGUGUAAGUGAGAGAGGCAGGGAGGCCGGCCGGGGCGAGAGGUUCCUGCAUUGCAGAGGGUUGGACUAGAUGACUCUCGCGGUCCCUUCCAGCUCUAUAAAUCUGAGAUGCUCUUGUUCGUUCUUCAGCAGCGGAGCUGGUAUCUUGAAGAGGCUUGUGGCCCCUGAGACUUUCGACUUUCCCUGGGCAGAACAGGGGUGGAUUUGGGUGUGGGGGAGCAGCUGUAGGGCAUUUUCUUUUUAAAAGUCAGGGUUCCUCUGUGAGAAUGAACGAGUGAAGGUGUAACAGUACCCCUGAACAUGUGGAGAGGGCUUUUCUCCCACCCCGGGUUACCAUCUAUAAUGCAAAGAAAAGUCCAAAUCUUAUUUGUUUAUUGUAUUCAUGGCCAACCAUAUCUCCCAAGGAGUUCUCCCCCUCUUUCAUUUAAUCCCUACAACAACCCUGUGGGGUAGGCUAGGCUGAGAGGCAGUGACUGGCCCUAGGUCAGGGCCAAGGGGAGAUUUGAACCCUAGUCUCCCAAAUCCUAGUCCAACACCUUAACCACUGCACCGCACUAGAUCUGCAGCAUGCCCCAGAGCUGAGCUAUGAGACAAAGGUGAGCCAGAGUGAAUAUUAAUGGCCUUUUGUUCCCCUCCCUCGUCCACAUCUUUGUACCUCUCUUUUCAUCCCUCUCUUCUUUCUUCUCUUCCACUCUCCCUUCCUCUCCUCUCUCACCUGCCUGCCCUUCACAACUCCCUCCCAUUCUGCUGUUGUUCCUGUUCCUUUCCUCACAGACGAGCCCGAAGUGAGGAUCGAUGGCUUUGAUGGCAACUGGUACCUCAACCGGAAAGAUGUGAAGCUGACAUGUAUCUCUGAUGCCAACCCUCCUGCCACCUCAUACCAGUGGAAGCUGUAAGUAGGGUCCCUUUGACUUGACUUCCCUCUAACUCCAAAUGCAGAGUGAUCCUCGAUUGGGCAGGAGGGAGACUUCUUUCUGCUGAGAGCGUCACACCUUUGCUCCCAAAUCCUACAGAACUGGUGGGAUGGUCAAUGUGGAACUAGGCAGUACCACUCCAGGUUUUUCAGAUUACAAGAAUGUGUUUUGUGUGUGACGUAUAUGUCUCCUAUACUGGCCAAAUGCCUGACAUGUAGAAAGCUGUCAUAUCAAGAAAAAGGCAAAUUAGCAUAGCCUUCUCCCUGAAGUGCUGCUUUACUUUGUGUAAGCAUUUUUUUUUUAAUUCAUUCAUUCAUUUAUAUUCCUUCAUGUGAGUCCCCAUGCUGACAAUACCCCCCUGAGUGCCUUGCACAUAGAAAGCUAGCAUAUCAAGGAGGUGGCAGUCUAGCUUAGCCUUCUCCCUGAUGUGCUGCUUUACUCCUUGCAAGCAUUUCAUUUCAUUCAAUCAUUCAUUCAUUCAUAUCCCGUCAUGUCAGUCCCCAUGACCAGUCUGAAUUAAAGCAGCCCAAAUGCCUCAGAGAAAUCCAGGCGUGGCUGUAACGGGCCAUGAUGAUUUGACCUGUGCUAAGUCACCCCUUCCAAAAUAACAACAAAAAUGACAUUAAACCCUUGUGGCCACAGGAAAACCCACCUGAAGACACCACAUUUCAAGCAGCAACUGCAUAUAUGCCAUAUGAGUGGACAGAAAGUAGAUCAGGACCUACCAUUCAACCACUGGAUUAUUUGUUGCAGAUUGACACACAUUCCUGACUCAAAAUCACUUAACAAUAGCAAUGAGAGACAACAGAGCACACACACCCCCCCAAAAAAGAUUGUGAGAAUCUCUGUUUCAGUAGCUCUGAUGCAGAUGUGUGCUUGCAGAAGCAAGUCACCCCACCCCAGUCACUGCGUCUGCUCUCAGACGCUGUUAUGCAGCUGGGUUUGGUUGGUGUCCCCCAAAGUUCUAGUAAUAUGGUACAUCCCACAAGCCUGUCCAUGUGACAUCCUCAGGUGCCCCUGGCUCCCCCGGCACUCUCCUCUUUAUGUAAUGCUCCUUCAUCUUUUGUUCUGUAAUGAAGGCUCUGCUGAGGAGGUCAGUUUCCACCUAGAUGAGCAUCCCUGACUGGGCAUAUGUGGAGAGGAAAAGGCUGCUGUGUGUGUGUGUGUGUGUGUGUGUGUGUGUGUGUGUGUGUGUGUGUUAUAGGCAAGGCAGAUUUGAUCAGCAGCCGGGUGACUCACAAGCCUGAUCACCUGGGAUGACCCAGAUGGAGCCAGGCAGGCGAGUAGAUGGCCUAGUUCUCACAAACAGCAGAGGAGGAGGUAAUCCUGUGUCUGGACUGUACAGAUUCUACCUGCAGCUUGCAGGACUCCUCUGGCUCCUCCAUUAAAAAAAAAAAAAAAGGAAAAUCCACCAUAUAUAAAAAGCUAGCAUGCCAGAGGAGAAGGGCUACGGCCUAGCCUUCUCCCUGACAUACCAAAUUUCCAUGUGCAGGGGUUCUUUUUUUGCUUGUUUGCUUCUUGUUUAAAUGCAGUCAUAUGACCUCCCACUGCAGUCGGAAGUGGGUACAGUCUAGGGCUGGGUCAGAAGGCAGAUCAAGAUCAACUGGUAGUAGAGAUCUACUGACUUGCAGUAGAUUAGCAAGGAUUUCCUGACCCACUGUUUUCCAGUUGGCUAAAAACCAUUUCCACCACCCUCAGUGAGGCAGCUGAAAACAACAGUCAGAGGAAAACCAGGAGUGGAUUUUUGGUUUGGAAGGACUGGUACUGAUCAUGCAUUUCUGGACUGUGCAUCUGCACCAGAGACAACUCACAGCCUGUGUCCACCUGCUUGAGCCAUUGUUUUACACCUAACUCCAAUUGGUGGACCUUGGGGGUUCUAGUAAAAAAAAUAGCCUGCUGACCCCUACUAGCCUAGGCAUAGGUUGGCCACCAUCUGUUGCAAAGGAACUCUCUUAAAAGCUCAGAUUGACAUUCAGCUGCCGUUUCCCUCUUGGCCCCUACCACAAAUUUAUUUAGGGUAUUUUUUAGUUAUUUCAUAGGAUUUAUAUACCAGUUGAUUGUAGGGGAAAAACUCAAAGUGGUUUACAAAAAAGAUGAAACAGUAAAAUCGUUGCUAAAAAAAUUACAACCAUAAUUUUGUUAAAGUUAAGACCAUAAUAGAAUAUAAUAGAAUAAUAGAAUAGAAUAGAAUAAUAGAAUAGACUCAAUACCCAAGGGGUAUUUGAAGGGGAAAAGACAGUGACCACCAACCAAUGGGGUUCUCCUCCACUCCCCCAAAAAACUAGACUGCCUCCUGCAGCCUGUGUUAUUGUUGUCAUUUUGAUGGGGUGAGUUUUGGCCCAGACUUGCAAAUACUUUCCACCUGUGUGUUAAGUACAGCUGUGCUGGAGUGCAGAAGAAGCUGCUUUCCACUCACCCACCCAAUUGGCAUGUGUUUCUCUUUGCUCAGGAAAGGGUUCAUCACUUAUCCCUGUGUUCAUCCUGGUCUUAUGGGCUCCCUUAAAAAGCAUUUUUGAUCGACAGAGCCUAGAGGAACCAUUGCCUUGACUAAUAAGCAAUGCUGCUAGUUCUUCCCCUUCCAGGUUCCAUUUUUUCAGUGGAAUGGAUUCAACCUCUUUCAGAGUUCUUUUUUCUUUUUUUUUGCUGAAUAAAAUAAAAGAUCAAGGCAUGGACCAAAGCCACUGGGAAGAGAGAAGGAUCAAUGCAGUUAGAAUGAGAGAGAGUGAGAGAGAAAUUGCUAAAAUGAGACAAAGAAAAUCCUGAUAGUAUGGCAAUCGGUGUAGACCCCUGAGCAAAGCUGUUAUAAAUGCAGGCAGCGUCUCGCUUUCUGCGCUAACUGCAAUUCCCCAGUCAAGCACAGGGGAAGUCCCCAAAAAAGCGCAUGGCAGUAGUCAAAGCUCAAAGUAGCCAGUGCAUGAACUAAUGUAAAAUACUGUAUUUUUCGCUCUAUAGGACGCACCGGACGAUAAGACGCACCUAGUUUGGGGGGGGAGGAAACAAGAAGAAAAAAAUUCUGAACCCCAGAAGCCAGAACAGCAAGAGGGAUCUGGCUUCUGGGAUAGCCUCUUGCUGUUCUGGCUUCAGGGACAGCCUGUGAAGCCUCCACAGGGCAGCGGGGUGCCUUCACCCCGCUGCCCGGCGGAGGCUUUGCGCCGCUUACCCCAAGCUAGAACGGCGAGACAGAGCGCUGCACAGCGCUCCGUCUCCCUGUUCUGGCUUUGGGCUUAGCCGCGCAGCCUUCAUUCGCUCCAUAAGAUGCACACACAUUUUCCCUUACUUUUUGGAAGGGAAAAAGUUAGUCCUAUAGAGCAGUGUUCCCCAACCUUGGGCCUCCAGCUGUUUUUGGACUACAACUCCCAUCAUCCCUCGCUAGCAAGACCAGUGGUCAAGGAUGAUGGGAAUUGUAGUCCAAAAACAGCUGGAGGCCCAAGGUUGGGGAACACUGCUAUAGAGCGAAAAAUACGGUAGUUCUGAAUAUUAAGUGAUGGAUGAGAGGUGGCUCCAGCGCAGGAAGAGAAGUGAGAGAAAGAGAGAUUAAAUAUAUUAGAGUUGGGGGCAGGGAGGGUGAAGGACUGUGAGACAGGCUUAGAAAGCGGGGAAAAUAUAGGUGUGAUGGGAAACGGGGAGGGGUGAAUGUCCCACAAGUGUGAAUAGCUGUGAGGCAUCUUCAAGGGGUGAACCUGAGAACAUUCUGCUCAUGGAAGAUGGUGCAUUGCUUGGCUACAAAUUCAUUUAUAAGCCAGCAUGGGUACUAUCCCAAUAUGGAGAUGUUAAAACUGGCAGCCAAAUGGUAGAAAGUAUAAGUCAUGGGGGUAGGGGAAAGGUUUUGUGGCCAAAAUAGGGGUGGGGUGGGCUAACUCCCUCUUUUCUCAUUUGUAGAGUAAUAAUAAUCAAAGCUUUACCAAAGUGUUCCUUUUUUUCUUUCAGGGUCCCAUUGCCUAACGUAGGUAGGAAUAGGUGAGCAGGCCAUCACAUUUCCUAUGGACUAGUAACUUGUGGGCUUCUUUGCACGACUGAUGCUGGGCAUCUUCUGCCCUUUAGCCAUUCAGAAUUUGACUCUGAUCUUCCCUUUCGCUCUGCACAGAAGUGCGCCCUCAUCUUUCAAGAGUUGCACAACACACUUGAUGGAUAAGGCUGUCAUGGCUUGGCUUGGGUUAUAAACGCCUCUGUCAUCUCUGGGUCUUUAACUAUAUAGAGCUUUGCUUUUAUGCAUGCUAACGUAGUCAUAGACAAAAUUCUAACCUUUCCUGUUUAUAUACUACUUGCGGAUUGUUGUUAGAGCUUCGGAGGGGAAGGCGAGGAUAGGAGAAUUUCCUGUAUUGUCAAUAGGAAUUUGCAUUCUACUAAAUUGCUCCAUCGGUCCAAGGCUGCCUACUCUGACUGGCAGUGGUUCUUGCAGGUCUUGGGCAGAGAGAGGUGUUUGCCACCAUCAGCUACCUGGGAUUUUUCUGGGGCUGAACCUGGGUCCUUAUACACGCAAAACAUGCCACUGAGCUUUUGGGUGAUCCAAUUACUUUAGCUAAAGUAAUUGCUUCACCUUGUACCGGUAAUUAAAAAUGAGCAAGCUGCAUUAUUCUUUCCCUGCAUGUAUACAUGCAGUUAUGGUUAUGUUUGUUUGUUCCACGACUUUCCAAAACAGUUUGGGAUUAAUUCAUCAAUGAGUUGCUGGCAUUUGAUUCCAGGAUAACAUUGUGGGGAAACAACAAGAACAACAACAACAACAAUUCAGUCACCUUCUCUCAAACCAUGUGCAAUAAAAACAAUUAAAAACAACAUAGAAAGCAAUAGCAGAUAAAUUUUAAAACAAUACAAAAUGGACACCCUUGGCAAAGACCCAUUCACCCAGCUGAGAAAACCCAUCAGAACAAAAAUGCCUUCAGUUGUUUCUGGAAAAUGCAGAGAGUGGCCGUCUGUCGUAUGUCGACAGGGAUGCCGUUCCACAGAACAGGAGCAAAGGAACUAAAAGCCUUGCUCUGAGUUGCCAUGUUUUAUUGCUUGAUAGGUUGGGGGGAAACCCAUCAGGGUAGAGAUAAGACUGAUUUUGCUAGCAUGGAAGUCAGGCAAAUUUUGCUACAGGGUUAAGAAAUUGCCACCAGUUGCCAAAUUCAGCAUCUCAGUUUUUGUUUUUGUUUUUAAAUAAAUCCAAGUUUCCAGCCCCUGGAAACUUUGGAGGUAGAUCUAAAAGAGUGUGGCCAGCAUUUCCCACUGACGGGACAAGGCAUCAGUUUCCAACUGGUGGGGCUUUAGCACCAACUUAGCUCUAAAACCCAGUCUAGCAAAAGCAGAAUAAAUUAUGCAAUGAGCACUGUUAUAAUCUGCAUAAUUUAUUGAUGUUGCAUACUUUGCAGAAUUCAAGCUAUUUCCCUGAGAUCCCCUCCUCCAAACACACCACCCAGCUCUCUUCUGAGAUGUCCAUGGCUUGGGAAAAGGCAUCGGGUGGAAUAUUUAGUGACACAGCAUCUUUUUUUAACACAAAGAAUGUCCCGGAUUUGAUCCCCAGCACCUCCAGUUAAACGAAUAAAUCAUCACAAUAAUUUCUUAAAACUAUUGUAAAAGUACAAAGAAGAAAAAAACAGGCAGAUGGUAAAUCUGUCCUAUAAAAUGAUCCACGGUGCCUUGACAUAAAUUGUCUCCUGACUCAAAGCUUCAUUUGACAGGAUUGUAGGUGGCCAAACUGGGAAAGACCUCUCUCUCUCUCUCUCUCUCUCUCUCUCUCUCUCUCUCUCUCUCUUUCAGCACAGGAAACCUUAUUGAGAGUCAGAACAUUGUCUGAUGGGCGGGAUAUUAUUAUUAUUAUUAUUAUUAUUAUUAUUAUUAUUAUUAGUCCAUCUAACUCAGUGUUGUCUCCAGGGUUCCAAGUUCUGCAGAUCUUACCCCAUGCCCCUAUUGCUCCCAAAAUCAAAACCCUGUUUGAAGAUGGGGAGGGAGGGGUGGAGGCACAAUUGUAAAUUCAUCUUUCAUUUUUAUCCCGCCCUUCAAGGAACUCAUGGUGAUAUAGAUAGUUCCCUGCCACCAAGGUUAUCCUCACAACAACCCUGGUAGAUAGACUAGGCCAAGAAAGGAUGGCUAACCCAAGGUCAUUCUCUGAGCUUUGUGGCUCAAACCCUGCAGCUACUUGGUUGUCAUUCCACUACACUGACCACAACCUGCUGCCAUUACAUCUAAGCCCUUUUCAGGUAUUGUCCCCCCCACACACACACACACGUGAGGGGCAGUCAGUGAACACAAACUCACUCACUCCAUGCAGUGGGCCUUAUUGUAUAAGGGCAGUUUUACAUACCCUAAAGCAGAGAAGGUGUUGGAUUUGGAAGGUAGUAGGCAAUGAAGGUUUUGGCAAGAAAAUUGGGUUGUAGAACAGAUGGACUUGAACCUCUACUAGGUGGGCUCAGACAGAUGGGCUUGGAUAGUCCUAUAAUAGCUCCAGGGAAUUAGCCAGGAUUCACUGGCUACAGGAAAGAACUUUCUCCCUAACCGUUUGGCCUUCCUUUUGCGACAGACUGAACGGAUCUCUUCCCGACAACGUGGAGGUUCAGAACAGCACGUUGUUCUUCAAGGGGCCCGUCACCUACAGCCUGGCAGGGACGUACGUCUGUGAGGCCACCAACACCAUUGGGACGCGGUCUGGCCAGGUGGAAGUUAACGUGACAGGUAGGAACCCCUUGCCGGAAAGGCAGCCCCUGUUUGCUCAAAGCGCCCGCGUUGUGGGAGGGAAGUGUAAGCAAGUCGCACACCGUUAUUUUCCCCCUGCCUCGCUGUCACUUGACAGAUCUCCCACCUCCCACCCUUUCCUCUCAGGGCAGAACCAAGCUGGCGGGGGAUCCCCGAUGCUUCUUUCGCCGUGCUCAAAGAAGUGUGUCCCAAAGGAAAGCUGUCUUGCUGGAAUCACUUGUUUCAUCUCCUCUCUUUGCGCUUUCCCCUCCUUUUGUUCGCUGGUACUUUGUUCCCCCUUGUUUUCCUUUCUACGUCUGGUUCAAACAAAGCACGAGAGCAUCAGAGCUGUGCUCUAAAGUGAAAGAGGCACAAAAGGAGAUGUCACAAAGGGGUGGCAAAAAAAGAAAUGUGUCCCACUGAGGUUGCACUUAUUUGCAAAGGACUAAGGAACAGAGGGCAUCCGCUAUAGAAAUUCUCUUGUUUGGUCUUGGUAGGUUUAUUUUGGGGUUAUUGGCGUGUGUGUGGAUUUUUUCAUUUUAUUUUUAAGUUCUGAGCAAAUUGUCUGUCCAUGUCCCUACCCAGCCCAUUUUCUACUGUGUGACUUGUCUGCACUGUUUUUAAGGAGUAUUGAUCAAACAAGGUCCAUGACGAGAAAUCAUAGAGAUGAACCACUCCUCUAAGCUUCAGAAGGAAGUGGUGAGACUGACAGGUGAGGCAUUGAGGAAGUGAUGUCAUAUGACAAUGUGAGAAGUUAUGGGGGGGGGAAUGCUGCAGAAUAAGGGAAGGUGUUGGGUUGGCCCAGAGGAAAUGAUGUCUGUUCUUGUUGGUACUGCAAGGAGAGGAAAUGACAUCACACAGGAAUAAUCAGCCAAUGGCAGUAUCUGCACCAUAAAGGAAUAGCUGGGUGAUUGGAGAGUAAAGAAACACCAUCCAUUUCCAAUGUCCUUCUGUUUGGUGGCAGAACAGGCUUUCAAAGGGUGAACAGAACAGUGUGGUUUCCCAUCUCCAAAAAAUCCUGAAGAUUAUCCAGAUUCCAGGCUUUCCUUUUGCUUCCCAGGCAGUCUGGCUCAUAAUGAUAAGCUAUUUUUAUUAUUAUUAUUUUAAAAGACUAUAUUGUAAGACACAUAGAGAUAUUUUUUGUUGGUUUUGAAGCCUCUAGCCUUGAUUGGCUGAACUGCCCUGAUGUCACAGAGUAAGAAGAAGGCUACCAGGUUGUAGUUGAUUGAGCUUCCGAAAUGGGCAGGCCAAGCCUAUAGACAGGGCUUUUUUCAGCCGGAACUCGCUGAAACUCACUUCCAGCACCUCUCAGGUGGGCGCCAUUGCUAUUAUAAGAGAACAAGGGAGGCAUUCAUGGUGAGCUCCGGCAUCUCUUUUUCUAGAGAAAUAGCACUGCCUAUCGAACAGAAGAAUUAGAGUCUUAGGAAAGGAAGGCCAGCCUGAGAUGUUGAAGUUGGCCAAGAGUUGCAAGAGGGGGUUGUCCAAAAGAAGUGAGAGAAAAAGGAGGUGGGGGUAGAAAGUAAACCUGAGGGGACAAGGAACAAAGAGGAGAAAGUAGUUCACAGCCAGGUGUUUGAAAGAUGAGGAAGGCUGGACUUCACCUCUUGUUUUGAAAUAGCCAUGUUCAGUUUGCAGCAACAGGUCACUGAGCAGAUUGGUCAACCCAUAGUCUCUGGUUUCCAAUGGUCUUUGAGUCUUAUCAACGCCAGGGUGCUCAGCAAUAAGGGCAAAUACAAAUUCUUCCAAGAAGAAGCUCCCCAUUUGACAUCCGUCCAAGACAAGUAUGGCCGUUUUGCAGAGGCUACACUGGGAAACUCUCUACUGAUGGGCCCAUGGGGCUUCUGUGAGAUGGGGGAUGUGGUGGGUGAGGAGAGAGAAGGCUGCUUUAUUCCCCAGCAGAAAUGACACAGAGCUUGCUUGACAAUAUGCCAAAAGCUUCUGGGCUGAUGGCAUGGGUGUAGCCAAGAUUUUUGUUAGCAAAUCAGCAAGAAGAUGUUUCCUGGGAUUAGGGGAAAAUUUAAGGUGGACUAGGCAUCUGGGAUCAGCUCUGACAAAUCCUUCCAUGUAACAUAAGCAACUCUCUCUGUUGAUUUUUUUAAAGUUUAGACCAGUCUUAGCCAACCUAGUGGCCUCCACAUUUCCUUAGACUACAGCUUCCAUUGUCCCUGGCCAAUUGGGCAUUCUGGUUGAGGCUGAUGGGAGUUGUAAUCCAAAGCUUCAGGUUGGGGAAGGGCAUUUUGUUUUGCUUUUCAAAGACAAGGGAGACUGUGAUACAGGUUUGCAAAACGCAGAAUGAAUUUGCUGGGGAUGGGGAGAAUUAUUAUGCAUUUAUCAUAACACUAGGCUAUUGAGGUGGACCAAGGAAGCAGCUGGGCAGUGGGUAUUCUGUGUGGCGUAGGAAGUGAAAGCGCCAGGCUAGAACAUGUGAGGCAGCAGUUCAGAAACCUACUCGGCCAUGAAGCUCACUGGAACCUUUAUUCUAAAUUCAAAAUGCUGGUUCAGAACUGAGCCAGUGUGAAAUUUAUUAUUUGCUUUCUUAUAUUCCUAUCCCCCUUUUUUCCUCCAUGAAGCUCAAGGUGGCAUAUGUGACUCUCCCCUCCCAGCUUUCUCCUCACAACAACCCUGUGAGGUAGGUUAACUGGGUCACCUAUUGAGCUUCGUGGCUGAGCAGGACCACAAAAUCUGACCUCCUGGGGUCCAGUUCAACACUCCAACCACUACUCCAUGCUGUCUUCUCCAGUGGUUUGAGUGUCACAAUAGGACCUGAGAGCCUUAGGUUCAAGUCCCCAAAUGACCAUGAACUUGCUGGGUGACUUUGGGCCAAUCUCAUGCUCUCACCCUGACCUACCUCACAGGGCUGUUGGUAGGAUGAAAGUGAAUGGGUGGGAGAACCAUAUUCACUGCCUUGAGCUCUUGGAGGAAAUCUGCAACAUUGGUGUAAUAAUUAACAGGACAAAUGAAGUGUUUCAUGCCCCGUUUCAGCUACAUGUUCUAGAUGUGCAGUUAACUUCAUGGGUAGCAUCCCAAAGUGGUAAGGUAGACUAUACCGUUUUUCAGACUUCAGGGGUACCAUUCCUGAACUUUCCGUCCCAUUAAAAAAAUUGCCUGCAAAUAAACAAGAAAUCUAACAAGUCGUGGCAGUUCCUCGCUCAGCCUUCUCCCUGUGGUACUAAUUUUCAAGCUGCAAAUUUUGUUGUUUUGUUUUUUAACGUUGGGGAGAACUCAUAAAUGUGCCCUCCCCACCCCUGUCCACAGUCAGAAUGAGCACAGUCCCUUCAGGACUCUUCCACCUCAUCCGUCUCCCCUCUCAGAGCAAGCCACAGAUGGUUUCUAAAGAGGAUUAGACAAAGUUAUGGCGGAUUGGUCUAUCGGUGGGGAAAUCUAGCGUUACCCAGGUGGACUGCUUGGCCUUUUCCAGCAGCAUGUCCCUACACUUAAUUGGUUUAAUUGGCAGACUAAUUGGCGACAGCGGAUUUUUAAUCCGCGGGUUGGAAGUUAAGGAGACCUCCUUACUUAUUUUUAUUUAUUUUUCCCAAAAAAAAGGGUUGUUUUCGUUCCAAUGCCGUCGCAGACGGCGCAAAAGUGCAGCAACUGCGUCCAGCAGCAAAUAGCAGAAACAGUUUUUGUUGUUCUUGAGUUUCAGACCUUUUAAACACUCCUUUCAACGGCGGGGCUUUCGCCUGUAUGCAAAUCCGCUGCACGGUUUAAUCGGUUGGUUAAUGGAUGCAUCAGUUGAAAAGGCGGGUGAUUAAUCAAUUAACGGCUCUCUUAAGCACGUUGACAGUCUUAAUCGGAAUAAUUGUCGGUAAGGAAUUGAGCAAAAUGAAAUGAAACAAAACAAGUAAUAAGCAAAAUGCUCCCCCUCCCUCAGUAUGGAUUUUGAUGCCCUGAACAGGGAGGUGGCGGGCAGGCGGGUGGGGAGAGCCCAGGUGGCAAGUAAGGCGGCUGGUCAGGAGCUCCUGCCAGGAGAUACCACGUUUGCCGGGAUUAGCAGCUGUCUCAUUAGACCAGGAUACAUAAAGCAAAAUCCUUGUUAAUCAUUCAUGGCCUCGGAAUAUGUUUAUCCGGCUCUCCCCAAGGGCCGAUUAGGCUAGCGAUGGAGCAGACUCAGUCAGCCUCUCUGAGGCUAUUACAGGUAGAUUUGUUUGGGGCUUGUGGGCAAUUUAGGCAUCAUUGGCAGAAAACCCUUUUCUCCCCCAAGAACAGCUUGCCGCACAUUCAGCUCGAACCACCAAGCAGCCAGACAGUCCCCAGGGACAGAGGCAACUCUCACAGGGUAAUCGGAUAUAGCCAUGGCCGUUCAUGGCUCAUGCAGUCAUUAUUUGCUUUUGUUCUGCUCUGAUCAAAGAGGUUAUGUAGGUUUCGGGAGGGCUCCAAAACCUGCACAACCUUUUCUGCUCAGAAAUUAUGAAAAAGGCGGGCAGUGGAAUUAAUGUGCAUGAGGACUAGUGCAAUUCCUAUCACUUUGUUCCUUUACUUCCUCAGAUAUUCAGCCUUCCCAAAUGCACAUACCGUAUUUUUUGCUCUAUAAGGCUCACUUUUUCCCUCCUAAAAAGUAAGGGGGGAAGUGUGUGCGUCUUAUGGAGCGAAUGCAGGCUGCGCAGCUAUCACAGAAGCCAGAACAGCAAGAGGGAUUGCUGCUUUCACUGCACAGCGAUCCCUCUUGCUGUUCUGGCUUCUGAGAUUCAGAAUAUUUUUUUUCUUGUUUUCCUCCUCCAAAAACUAGGUGCGUCUUGUGGUCUGGUGCGUCUUAUAGAGCGAAAAAUAUGGUAUUUGGGACAGUUGUCUGCCAGACUGAUUUAUUUAUUUUCUUGCAAGGGAUCUGAAUCAUUCUCGUAUCACACGCCAUCAUCAACAUUCUGCUUUUCUAUCAAAAAGUUCCCAGAGUGGGUUCUACAAGAGAAGGAAAACAGGAAUUUCAUAGAGAAUAAACACUUAGGGUUGGCUAUGGAAGGCAGCAGCUGAAACCAUGUUUUGCAGAACUGCAUGCAACCCUUAACCUGGAGGGGGGAAUUGAGUGGGGCACAAGUGCUGCUCUGAAUGGGGCAGACAGUCCCACUGCAAAGGCCCAUAGAAGGCUCCCCAAGUCUCCAUUUACUGCCAGCCCUCCUGAAAUAGGAUGUUCCAGGGGUGGUUUGGAGGUAGAUUUGAAUCUGCGGGACCCUGAGCCUCCUUGUUCCACUAAGGGGCCCUGAGAUUGUGCCAAGCUGGAGCUAACGUCAUUCAUUCCCCCACCAGCAUUCCUAAUUGGUUUCAAGGAGGGGUUGUUCUCAAGAAAUCCUUGCCCACCCAAGUUCCCCCCAGGCUCUUUGAACUACCAUCAGCCCCAGCCAACACAGCCAUGCCCCACUCAGCCCCAGUCACAUACAUCUGGGCCGGGCAGAGGGUGAUGAGAGUCACAGACCCCAAUGUCUGAUGGUUGAUGAAGGUUACUGUAAACUAUCUAUUGCAGAUGUGAUCCACGGUGGCACAUAGCAUGCACAAUUGACUCGAUGUUGCAAAGCCUUGCACAUCAAGCCUCUGUGCUUUUUAUUAACUCCGAUCCGGCCAUAAUGUUCUGAAACCUGCUGCCUCUUUGGCAGCGUCGACAAAUGUGUGGUUUUUUGAAUCAAGAGCUAGAAGACAUGGAUCAUCAUGUUAUUUAUUACUUGGUUAUUUCUUGAAUUCCAAAGGAGCCCAGGGCAGCAAACAUAUCUGCAAUAAAGCACAAAUAAAAGGAAAAGGAAGAGAUAUGUUUAAGACAUUUUAAAACAUCUAAAAAGGCUAAAAUGCAAUAAAUCAUGUGUCUGGAUAGAACUGUUGAAACAGAAAAGUAUUCAGUAAGUGUCAGAAUUUCAUUACUACCAUUAUUAUUAAUUUUCUAUAGCGCCUUCAUCUGAUGAUCAUAGGGGAGUUUACAAUGAUGGUGGCUGCCUAACAUCAAAAGGCAAGGAAUUCCAAAGGACAUGUGCUGCCAUGGUAAAACUCAGAAUGGGCAUUGUGUGGCCCUUGCAGAUAGUUCCCAUUCUGUGGAUUGAAUUGAUCAAAUAGGCAUAUACAGUGGUACCUCGGGUUACAGACGCUUCAGGUUACAGACGCUUCAGGUUACAAACUCUGCUAACCCAUAAAUAGUACCUCGGGUUAAGAACUUUGCUUCAGGAUGAGAAUAGAAAUCACGAGGCGGCGGGAGGCCCCAUUAGCUAAAGUGGUGCCUUAGGUUAAGAACAGUUUCAGGUUUCGGACCUCCAGAACAAAUUAAGUUCUUAACCCGAGGUACCACUGUACAGAUUAAGUAAACUUGUCCUGAGCUGUUAAGGGUUUUCCAUACCAAUAGUAAGACCUUGAACUCACUGUGUUUCAAACUAAAAUGAUAUUUAUUACACUGCCUUGAAAUUCCCAGCAAAUAGUCAUCUAUGCAAAACCACAAAUGAUCCCAGAUCGAAGAGCCCUCGGAGAAGGCUGUCUCGGGAGUUUUUGUGCUUGCAGUUGAUCAUAAACAAACACGUUUCCCACAAUGCUCUUCCGCACUGCAGAUUCUCACCCUGCCUUGGGAAGGAAGGAGUGUGUGUGUGUGUGUGUGUGUGUGUGUGUGUGUGUUUGUGUUUGCCUGCCUGCCUGCCUGCCUGCCUGGGCCAACCCCCUGAUGAUGAGCUCCCAGCACUGGCUGCAAGCUGGCAUUAAGAGUUACAGCACAUUAAAAAGAUGGAUAAGUGGAAGUUUAAUAUUUUAUUCCCACAAUCUGUUCACGUAAUAGCUUUCUUGGCGUUGCAGGACAUUUGUCAGCCGAGGUGAAUCCAGGCUGCAAGACGUGCAACUUCAUUACGGCCGGCUUGCUUGUGUGUUUGGGGGUGCAGAACGAGGAGGAGAGGCUUAGCGGCACCCACACGUGUCUUCGGAGGGGCUUCCCAAGGAUUUGCAUGUCGCCCUGCAGGGGAGCACGCUCCACCAAGCAUCUGCGGGCGCAGAAGCGCAGGCAUGCACAGGGAAGCUUCACGCACGGGCGCACAGAUGCAGAAUCAGCCAGAGCUACGCAGUUGGAAACGAGGCAGGAUCUUCCUCUGCUGCAGUCGCGCGCGCACCCAGACGUUCAGUUACUCAUGUUUCCUCACAGCCCUGUGCAGUAAUAAGAAUGGAAAACGAGCGCGUUGGAUCAGGCCAACUAGUCCAGGAUCCUCAUCUCACUGUGGCCACCCAGAUGCUUGUGGAAAACCCAUAGAUAGGACCUGAGCGUGUGGGCACCAACUGUACCAGCUCCCUUCAGCCCCCCCAAUAAAAUAUUUGAGGAGCCCCCCAAAAAAAUUGAUAGGCAUUGCCAUUUCACUCAUUGUCCCAGGGCAGGUUACAGCAAUUAAAAUGCAAUAUUUAAGAGCAAUUGAAAACACUAUGGGUCCUAAAAAUAUGCCCAAGCAGGCCAGUGCAUAUUUUUGCAGCCAGCCAGCCUUCAUUUAUUUAUUUUAUUUGGGGGGGGGCAACCAGAUGCCCAGAAAAUUGGGCUUGGGGAGAGUUGGGUUCAAGUCCCAUUUUAGCUGUAAGGAUUCAGAGUAGCCCUGAACCAGUCGUCGUUUCUGAGGCCAGUCCACCUCACAAAGCUGUUUUGGGGGGAAAAGUUGGUGUGAGAGGGGAAUAAACUUUCAGCAGCCCUAGGUACCUCCAUUGCUAGGAUCGGGUACAGGGCUUAUCUGACACCCACACACCCAAUAUUUUAUUAAAGUUGGUGCCCAUGCCUGAAUGCAACAGCACUCUCCCCCGUGGCUUUUAAUUGCAUUUAGUUGAUUGGCAGUUUAAUGCUUACACGCGAUUUGGCUGUGGAGUUUUCUCCGAGACACUUUUGGUUCUCGUUCAUUGUGCGAGGAGGAAAAGGAAAGGAAACUUGAGGAAAGUGAUGGUGCAGUUUCAUUCCAGUGACAAGCAAGAGGCUUUGCUUCUGAAAGCUCACAGCAGGCUUCCCCAACCUGGUGCCCUCCAGACAUUUGGACUACAACGCCCCAACAGCUGCGCUGGAGAGUUGUAGUUCAUUGUGCCUGGUUGUGAGAGGCUUCAGAAAGUUAUUUCGCACGAACCUCGGCAACCUCCUGACUAGAGGUUUCAGUGACACUCGCAUUUGUUUUGAAAUGAAAAUGGAUUCUUGGGUUUUUAACCAGAAAUCAAACAGGGAUGUGCAUAUCUUUAAUCAGAUGACAGCUUUAAAGGAGGGCAUGUAGGAGACAAUGAUUGUUGGUGAUGAAUUAAGCAAGCAAGCAAUAGAGAAUGAAAAGCAUUCCGGCAUAGAUGGAGACAUCUCUGGAUCCAAAGUCAACAACUGGGGGAAAUGGGAAGAGGAGAGGGGAGAUACGAGGAACUGUGAGAAGGUGCCACUUUCAAAUCUCUUAUUACCUGUCCCUUUGGGCCCAACUUGAAGGAAAGCAACACAUUUCAAAUAGGUAAAUGGACAAGUAAAUUGCACAGUAGCAGAGCACCAUCCCAGGCACCCCCCAUUCAGGAGUGAAACUCGACUGCUUUGAAACCUGGCCUCCUAGUCUGCAGGGCAGGGGGGGCAGGAUGCCAGCUCCCACCUCAGUCCCCCGCCAGGAAGUGCUUGAUUGACAAGCAGUAGGUGACCCUGCAGAAAGAUUAAAUCCUAAGACCCGUCUGGCAUCUGUCCUGAAACCUAUCGCAGGAGCCUGGAAAGCCGACGGCAGCUGCUGAACUUCUGGGCGAGUCCCCAGUGGUUUCAGAAAGGGACAUUGCACACAAACCUACCCUUUCUCUCUUCUUUGGCACAAUACCCUACCAUAGGGUAGAAAAAGCAGCAGAGGAGCCUGCUGGAUCAGUCCAAUUGAGUUGUAGAGUUGGAAAGGAAGCCCCAGGGUCAUCUAGUCCAACCCCUUGCAAUGCAGGAAUCUCAGCUAAAGCAUCCAUGACUGAUGGCCAGCCAGCCAGCAUCCUUGUUCUCACAGUGGCCAACCAGGAAGAGAACUCUUCCACAUUAUUUCCUCUAAACAUGGAAGCAAAGCCCAGAGCCAUUGUGGCUAGUAGCCAUUGAGAGCUCUCUCCUCCAUAAAUUUGUCUAAUCCCUGCCUCCUGGGGGAGUGAGUUCCAUAAUUCCUGCAGAAGAAGGACUUUCAUUGUCCUGCACCUUCCUGAGGUUUGGUGUGCCAGAAGGCUGGGAAGGGGCAAUAGCUGAGUGGUACAGCACCUGCCUUGCCUUGCCUUGCCUUGCUUUGCCUUGCCUGCAGAAGAUCCCAGGUUGAAACCUUAAUGGCAUCACCACAGGGGAGAUGAAAAGGAUUCCCUGUCUGAAACCUCAGCAGAGUCACGUCCAGUCUGUGUAGACAAAACUGAGAUCAAUGGUCUUGACUCAGCAUAAGCCCACUGACUAUGCCCCUAUGGGCUAGGUAGCCACAAGCCACAAGCCACAAAUCCAGUCCAGAGUUUCAUUGAAGCUUGUCUCCACCCACUUUUAGAAUCAUAUCCUGAUGAGCAUCAUAGUGGAGAAGGGAUCCAUGCUUAGCCCAUUCCCUAAACACUCCACUCCAGGCUUUGCAACUUGCUGCAGGAAGAGGUGGUAGAAUUAAGGUAGUGUCAUGUAGCUUUCCCCAACCCUCCAGAGGGUGCUGAACUACAACUCUCAUCAUGCCUGGCCAUUGGGGAAGGCUAGAAUAGCAGCUGGAUGUAAAGAUAAAGGUAAAGGGACCCCUGACCAUUAGGUCCAGUCGCAGACGACUCUGGGGCUGCGGCGCUCAUCUCGCUCUAUAGGCCGAGGGAGCUGGCGUACAGCUUCUGAGUCAUGUGGCCAGCAUGCAGCUCAUGGAAACGCCAUUUACCUUCCCGCCAGAGCGGUACCUAUUUAUCUACUUGCACUUUUGUGCUUUCGAACUGCUAGAUUGGCAGGAGCAGGGACCGAGCAACGGGAGCUCACCCCGUCGCAGGGAUUCGAACCGCCGGCUUUCUGAUCUGCAAGCCCUAGGCUCUGUGGUUUAAGCCACAGCACCACCCGCGUCCCGCAGAUGGAUGUACUGGUAGCCAAAAGGGAACUCAGGCAUUUGUAUGUAAUAUGGUUGAAAGAGGGGUGGGAGAAUGAGGAGCUUUUACCAUUCAAAAGCUCUCUCCUUAUGCUCAGGACGUGUGACUUCAAAUACGACUCUGCGAAGUUCUAAUGAGAGAAGCAGCCCCUGAGAUUCUGUGGCAGAAAGGGAAUCUAGAAACUUGACAAAUGGAAGGUCUCCCUCCAACCUCUGUUGCGUGCUGGAAAACGACGGCAUGGCGUGCCUCCGCGAAUAAUCAGUGUGAGAGUUAUUAAUUUGGUGUGCUGUGUUUCCAUCUUUGUGGGAAGAGAGGGGAGGCCCUCUCUGGGCAUCUUUUGCUGCCAUGGCCCCUCCAGCUGUCUGUCAGCAACAGGUGGGACCCACUCAGUGCCAGCCUUUCCUGGAAAGGAUCCUACAAACCUCCUUGCCCAGAAGAGGAGAAUCCCCGACUCCCGUGCAGGCCCCUGUUCGCACUCAUCGCUCUUUCCUAAAUAAGUCCCCCAUUGUCUUUCCCUUUGGCGGGAUCAAAGAAACGCAGCAGCCUCGGCCCCAUUCCAGAGCGAAACCCAAAGCGAUCCCUCUAUUCUCUUUGCUUCCAGCUGCUGCCCCAGGAGAUAGAGCCAUUGGCAGCAGGACAGGAAGCCUUGCCUGAAUGCAACAGCUGUCAGAGCAAAAUGAGGAGGGGGUGGAAUCCGAGGUAGCCGCUUUUCAUGCCCCUGCCCGCUGUUUUAAUGGGGGGGAGGACAAAAGAGGUUUAUACGCCACCAAAGGGGGAGGAGAAGUGUGAUGGAUUCUCUUUAAACCGCUCCCCACCCUCUGCCUGCUUCCUAUGUCAUGGCAGGGCUUUAAUCCUCUCCAGAUUGUUUUCCUCCUAAUGGGGUUUUCAGAUGCAGCAACAGACUCCCACCCCCAGUGCAGAUUUGCAGCGAGACUGGGCCCCUUGGAGGCAAGGGGUGUCCCCAGGAUUUCUGAGGCUGGCACAACCAUUUUGCAAGGGCCUGUCCGAGCCAUUUCGGUGCCAGAGAUGGGGAGCCCCAACAUCAGGCAUGCACACCCAUUCAUUGGCUUGGGGGCCCAAUGCACCAGGAAGCGAAUGAUCCUGCAGAGUGGGCUAAAGGGCUGAAUGGUCAGACAACAGUCUUGGGUAGCUUCUUAGAUUUAGACAUCACCAGCGGGAGAGAGCACUCAGGUCUUUUAUGCAGGCGUCCCAAAGGCAUCUGGUUGGAGAGCAAGAUGCUGGACUCGAACAUAAGAAGAGUCUUGCUGGAUCAGGCGAGUGGCCCAUCUAGUCCAGGAUGUCGGGCUUUGGCCAGGUAUAUUCUGCAGUGGUGCAGGCCUGUGGCGUGUGUUUUCUGCCGCUGUGCAAUGUGCGAAACGAACCACACAGGACAGACGGUGCAGCCGAGACGCCUGAGUGAGGGAAUCUGGAAUGAUCCCUGCAGAAAGGAUAAGUUAUUCAUCAUCAGCAGAGGUCAACUUUGGGCCAGCAGAGCUGGGUGGAAAGACGACACUGAUGUGGGAUUGGGGGGGGGGAGUCAAAAGCUUGUAUGCCACUGUGUUGACCCAUUGAAAUUAAUGAACCUUAGUUAGAUACAACCAGGGGGUUUCUUUCGGCCAGAAAUCGACAAAGCUCAGUUCUGGCACCUCUGAAGUGGAGGCAUUCAUGGUGAGUUCCGGCAACUCUUCAAAGUCACCCAUCAACUUCAGUGGGUCUUCUCUGAGUAGAACUAGCAUUGGAUGUAACCCCGAAUCUUUUGUCUUUUGGUGGACCUGGCUGAGAAAAAGCCAGUUAGGAAGAGCUGAGGUCCCAGGUAAUUUUGGAGCACGCAAACAGAGGUCAUAGUCCAAUGGGGUUGCAGGUGAGAAUGCUCCUAAUUCUAGAGUUAGAUGUAAUCUGGCCUUCAAGAAGAGGCAAUGUUGUGUAAUGUAGCAUUCAAAGUGUUGGACUAUGACAGGAGUGGAGAACCUCAGGCUGUCUUCCUUGCCUCUGGAUUUUGCGUGGCUGAAAUGGAGCCUGUUGCAGAAAGUUAAGAGUCACGGCCAUAGCUCUGCCUACUCUUGGCCUUGCCUCCACACGCUGUUGCCUCUGUCCCCACUUGCCGCUAGAAGGCAUGCAGGCCUCAGGCUGGAAGAAGAAAAAGGCUCCCCAUCACUGUUUGGCAGGGGACAAAUCAUUGCAAUUCCACAUGUCUUCCCAACCCUGUUGCAACCUGGCAUCUCAUUGAGGUUUCUGAACAUCUCCGUGCAGUCAGACAAUGUGAAAUGUUCCUAGUAUGACUGGCUUGGGAGAGGGAAGGUUGAGAUACAGGCUGAGGAUCUUCUGAGCUUCAAAGGGAAUCCCAACGGUUUGGGAUGACGCUGUUUGUAGAGGAUCUCCCUGUCCUUAGGGGAUCUCACAGGAAAAGCAACCCUGGCUUGGAGCUUGUUUCUUGGACAGAAAGGGAGGAAGGAAGGCCUCGUCCGCAAAGGAUGUUUGCAGAGGGCAAAGGGGGCUGCAAGGAAUCUCAAAAUGCUCUUGAAAGUCGCCUCCCCACCAAGAAUCUGGGGCGCAGAGCUGGUCUCUACCGCCACCAAGUGGCGGUGUUGUGAACGUUCCUUUUCAUUAUCCCUUCCAUAAGAUGGUUGUCCCUUUCUCUCAAAAAAACAAACAAACCCCUUCCCUUCCCUUCUUUUCUACUUCUGGUUCCCCUUUUGCUCUUCCUCCUACUCUGAUUGGUAUUUCCCCCACAAAACUGGGUUUCCUGGGCUUGUAGCCAACUCGGUUCCGCUUGGAGAAAACCCAUUGAAAUGAACUACUCUAACGUAGUCAAGGGCCCUACUCUGAGUAGGACUAGCCCUGGAUUGAACCCACGGUCUCCCGAAGUCAUUGAACAGUGAGCUGUGUGAGGUUGCCAAAUUUCUAACCAGCCGCUGCUCCUCUGCCCCUAAGCGGAACCCUACCUUGAGUGCAACACCACCCAGCCAUUUAGCAGGCAAGGCUUUCUGUGUGAUAGGAAAGGAAUAGGAAACAUCCCUGUGUGUCAAGCCUUAUGUUUCAAGCCCAGUAAAAGAGAAAAAGACAGCUUGGAGGCAAAGGAUAAAUUGGGGGGGGAGCAGGGAAGCUUUGAGAGAAGCAGAGAGACUGGAUGCAAAUGCUGGAAACUAUAAUCUCUCUCUCCCCACCCCCCCUCCGGCCCACCCCUAACCACAAUUCACCUUGCAGGCGGCAUUGGGGAAGGAAAGAUCUGUGGAAGUGUCAUGGCAACAGGGUGUCACAGGGGCGGGCACACAAGUGCCGGGGGAUUGUGUGAAAACAAACGGCAUCUUGCUAUUUUGCUACUGAAUUGUUAAUAAUGGGAAGUGUGGCAUGGCGGCGGGGGGUGAUGGGUGAGCUUGGAGUCUGAGCCCAGAGUUGCAGUCUCCUCUGGAAUUGAGAGACAGGCAGAGAAAGAGGGUGAAGAUCUCCCCUCUCCCUGCUGUUUUGCUCACCCCACAGGUUGCAAGUGAGGAACCUAGGGAGCUGCCUUAUACCAUUCACGCCAUUGGUGCAUCUAGUACUGUCUACUCUGACUGGCAGAAGCUCUCCAGGGUUUCAGGCCUGGAUCUUUGCCCCAGCCCUACCUGGAGACGCAAGGGAUCGAACCUGGAACCUUCUGCAUGCAAGGCAGACUGCUGUACCACUAAGCUAUGGUCCUUGUUCGCGUUGUGCAGGUCUGCCCUGGUGGGAGAUGGGCUCCUUUGCUCGGUCCCUGGCAGCACCCUCCUUACAACUGCAAUGGAAAGCUUGCUCGGUCCUUUGGGGUGCUAUGUUUGGGGGCAUGCAUCCUCUCCCCACAAAUGUUCCCUGUCUAGGGCUCUUGGGCUGAAUUUGCUACGCCCAACUCACAUGGUGCAAUAGGGAGGAGAGAGGACUUCUGAGCAGAUUGCAGAGUGCACCAAGGAGCAAUCGCAGCCCCAUGUGGUGGGAUCUGGAGGGCAAGGUUUCUAGACUGGAACAUGUAGUGAAAACAACUUGAUGGUUUUUUGGGGGGGAGAUGAGAAAAUAUACUGGUGGGGUUGACGGAUGCAGGUGAGCCUGGGAUUUGUGGUGACGGGGCAGGGAGGCUUUUCAGCUGUAGGAUUCUGGCAUGCAUCUUAAAUUUGUAUGCACCAAACAAGAUCCCCCUCUCUCUGUCCUUCCUUCAUUCAUUCUUUCUUUCCUUCUUUCUCUCCCUUGCCAUCCAGCAUUUGCUUGGGCUAAUUUUCAGCAACGAUAAUGCCUUUGGCUCAAAGCCAGGCGUCUAACCCCAACCUCACCCCCGCCCUGUUCUGAGUUCUUGCAUGACCUUGGCCGGUCUACCUUCUCGCGCUCAUUUUUCCAUUUCGUGGAAGACGAAAAAAAUACUUCCUCUAUUGUGAGGAGAGAGAAGAUGGGAUGGGAAUUGGUGCUUUGGUGUGAAAUGGUUGACAGGGUGUACCAUGGAAGUUUGUAAGUUUGAGAGCAGUGGGAGAGGGUUGCUGGUAGGAAACCAUUCCCUUCCCUCGGGGAGAAUUGAGGGUCAACAUAGUGAAACUGGCCGGGCAUAAAUUUGUGAGAAGCCCCUGCUUCUCAUGAGGUGUCGUUAACUUAGGGAGUUUGCUCUACCCCACCCCAGCCCGGAUGCAAAGGUGACCACUGCCUUGGCACCAAUGGUUUUGGCCAGUCAACUCCAUGGAGGGAUGUGGGACUCGGCAGCAAAAAAAAAAUGAAGCCUCCAUAUACACACACAGUCUACCCCUGAGUGCCGGAUUUUACAAAAUUAGUAAAUAAAAAGGUGUAAGCGAAACAUGGAUAACUCAUACAGGUUGAGUGGCUUUCUCUCUGGGUGCAGAUAUGAGGUUAACUUGGUGCAGAUUAUCAUUAUUUAAAUAAAUGCAACACAUCCCUGCUGAAUACAGUAGGUGCCCUGAUGGAACUUCCUUUCAGUGCUGGUUUAAUGGAUUGCAUCACAUUAAUAUUUUCCAAAGCCUCUCGCAAAUUUUUAGGGCGAGCUAGGAGAGGACGUAAUACCACAUCCCACCACUUGGGUGUCUGGCUCACACAAUCUCUCUUCCCCAAUUUUCAAAGAGGAAUAAUGGCAUGAUUUGGACAUCUGUGGGGCGAAGCCACAUCUAAUGAAAUGUUACCUUUCUGUGAAAGAAUGGGGGGUCUCUUUGAGGGGUAGAGUGUGGUGGGAGAGGGUGCCUCUCUUUUAAACUUUUCAGGUGUGCCUGCUGUUUAUCCCUGGAAAGCUCACACACAGGGGUCUUAUUCCAGGCAAGCUCUAGAGAUCAGAACUGAUUCCUAAGUGGGGUGCCCAUUGAGCUGAAGCAAAUAGUCACAGAUAGGAGUCCACCCACCCACCCAAAACCAAAUUGGACAACAUGACGGAAUUUGCAGUUUUGCAAAUAGCUGCUCUUCUUUGAAAGAUUUUUUAAAAUAAUAAUAAAAAUACCAAUAACCUUCCUGUUUUAUUCUCUUUGUAAACUGCUUUGAGGUUUUCUUCAACCCAGCGGUAUAUAAAUUUUAAAUGCAUAAACUGCCUGCAAAAUUGCAAACUCGAAGCAAGAAUCAUUCAAAGUUGCAUUGCAAAUAGGAUGCUGCGUUUUUAAGGCUCAACGGCUUCUAUCCACCUGCCUCGAUUUUUCAUGGGAUCUUAACAUCUCUGAGCGGGAAACUUUAUCAAACACGUACCAAACAGCAACAGAAGCCUGAUGAUCACCCACUGUCAAAUAUUCUGCGAAUAUUCGGCAGAUGUUCUUCGAGUGCUCAGGAUAGGGGUCAAAAAAUGUGGGGUGGAAUUUUGAAGGGAAAUUUGAGGAGCACGGUGUCUUCAGCUCUGGUCCCCAACACCUAAAGAUAUUUCCCUGGGGUGGGGUGAGUGCAUGCAGUUGGCAUUUCAGAGCUCCUGGCUCUGACAGGAACAUGGAGUCGGGAUGUUCCGAUGCGCUGGGCUGAUGCAUGUUGCUAACUUGCUUGUGCUGACAGAAGCGGACUUUGAGGCUUAAUUCGACGCACAGAGGCUGAGCAGAGGGCCUCCGUAGGUAGCCACCCCCCGUUCCCCGACUUUUCCCUCCCUUUUCCCUUCUCCUCAUCUCCCCACCCCCACCCUCCCCGAUAUAUAUUUUUUUUGAAUUUGGUUUCUUUAAAUUCUUAAAGCAUGGUGUGGCCGUUCCUCACAGACUGACGCUUGUUCCCCCUUCCAUCUGUCUUUUCCUACCCAGAAUUCCCCUACACCCCGUCUCCACCGGGCACAUCCGUGGCGCAGUCGACCAUCCCCACCGCUGUGAUUGGGGGCGUGGUGGGCGGAGUCUCCCUGGUCGUGGUGCUGGCCGUGGUGGUUUUUGUCGUGCUCCGCCACCGGCGCCACACCUUCAAGGGCGACUACAGCACCAAGAAGCACGUCUACGGCAACGGCUACAGCAAAGCCGGCAUCCCACAGCACCACCCGCCUAUGGCGCAGAACCUCCAGUACCCCGACGACUCGGACGACGAGAAGAAGGCCGGCCCGCUGGGGGGCCACAGCUACGAGGAUGAGGAGGAGGACGGCGCCGGAGGGGACCGCAAGCUGGGCGGGGGGCCCCCCGGCAAGUACGAAGACGACUCCAAGCGGCCUUACUUCACGGUGGACGAGGGCGAGGCCCGCUCGGAGGCCUACGACGAGAGGACACUCGGUUUCCAGUAUGACCCCGAGCAGCUGGACAUAGCCGAUAACAUGGUCUCUCAGAACGACGGGUCUUUUAUUUCCAAAAAGGAGUGGUAUGUUUAG